UUCAGCCGCUGUAGCAGCCCCGACCCGGGCCCGACCCGCGGGGCCGGCUGCCAGCGCUGGCCCCUCUCCUUUCCUCUCCUCCCCUACAGAAGGCUGAGCGCCCAUGGCGGGCUUGGAGGUGCUCUUCGCGUCGGCCGCGCCGGCCAUCACCUGCCCGCAGGACGCGCUCGUCUGCUUCCUGCACUGGGAAGUGGUGACCAACGGCUACUGUAGCUUGGGCACCGGCGACCAGCCAGGCCCCAGCGAUAAGAAGUCAGAACUCCUGCCAGCUGGGUGGAGCAGCAAUAAAGACCUUUAUGCCCUCCGGUAUGAGUCUAAGGAUGGAGCCAGGAAACUCCUCGUGAAAGCUAUCCCUGUGGAGAACAGCAUGAUCAUCAAUGUGCUGGAAUAUGGCUCACAACGAGUGGCAGACUUGACCCUGAACUUAGAUGAUUACAUCAGUGCAGAAGACCUGAGUGACUUCCACAGGACCUACAAGAACAGCGAGGAGCUACGGUCUCGUAUCUUGUCUGGAAUCAUCACACCUAUUCAUGAGCAGUGGGACAAGGCUAGUGUAAGCAGUCCCCAUCGGGAGUUCCCACCUGCCACUGCCAGUGAAGUGGAUCCACUCCGGAUUCCCCCACACUAUCCACACACCAGCCGGCCUCCUCCUUGGCGUGAUCCCCUGGGCCCGUUUGCCGUCGGGGGAGAUGACCUAGACCCCUUUGGAUGUCAGAGAGGUGGCAUGAUUGUGGAUCCCCUGAGAUCCGGCUUCCCAAGAGCACUUAUUGACCCAUCCUCAGGCCUCCCCAACCGGCUUCCUCCCGGUGCUGUGCCCCCAGGAGCUCGCUUUGACCCAUUUGGACCCAUUGGGACCAGCCCAUCUGGACCUAAUCCAGAUCAUCUCCCCCCACCGGGCUACGAUGACAUGUACCUGUGAAGGCUUCAAGAAUGUAACAUCCCAGCCUCCCCUCCACUCUCCAGGAGCUGCUGAUGCCGCUGCUGGCCCCGUCAGCACCUGUGUGCUUGUAGGCUGGGGGCAGAAGGCUCUGCCCAUGUGUUUGCAGGCCAGCCGGGGCUGCCUCCCCAGCCCUGGUCAGAGCCGAGGCACCUGCUGCAGCUCUGCACCUGGCUGCGUGUAGGUCCCAGGAGAAAUCAGUGUUUCUCUAUCGUCACCAACUGCUCCCCACUUCCACAAGAGACUCCGGCAACGUACACCCUCCACCCGAUGCAGUCCCAAUCACAGCGCUAUAAGAACAGAACGCAUUUUGGAUGUUAUUAUUAAGAACCAAAUGUCAAUACAAAAUUCAUGUUGCCAGUCUUCCACUUUGCUUUUUAUGUUACUGCACAACUCCUUCCAAUUACAAGGCUUGAGGCUUUGUGGAGGACUAAAUGACUAUCUUCCUACCAAGGCCCAUUCUUGCUGCUUACAAAUUGUUCUUGCCUCUCACAUUGCUAAGAUGAGCCCAUUCAGACUGUGUGGAUAGAAAUGUGUGAUUGGGACCUCCGCAGGCCACAAAGAUGACUUUCACCAGGGUAGGCACACUGUGGAAAGACUGCAUCCUCCUUACUAGGGCAGACUUCUCCACUCACUCUUAAUCUGGGCAGUCCUCUGUCUGUGGCUACCCCUGUGCAACUGUGGCCAGUGAGCAGAGGAAUAAAUGAACAGACCUGCAGGCUAAUCUCAUUUCCUCCCCAUAACUGACUUUGUAUUCCAAGAAAGUCCCUUUUCUUAGGGCCUUUUGGCCACCCGUGAAAUCAGAGGUGCCUCUCCUUGUCUAAAAGUUUCUCAUGUCUCUUUGUAUAGGUGGCAACAACCCUAGGAGCUGGGAAGAAAGGAAGAGACUGGAAGUCCUAGGCUUUAUGUCUAUAACUGUUCUUCCUCUUGGGGUCCAUAUGAGCACAGGUGCAUGGGCUCCAUCCAUCUGUGGUGUUGGUGUUCUCUAGAUCCUUUGAGCUGGCUGGUUUAGGCAUGCUCAGCCCUGUGCUGUAAUGGAAGGAGCACCAGGCCAGGAGACACCAAAUUUAGGCACUGGGCACUUUGCUGUACAGCCAGCAUUCCAGCCUUUCACUUCUCAGCUCCUUGGAUGAUUUCCCCAAAAUAAGACAGUUACUGUAAGUAGCAGCAAGCCACUGUUGCUUUUUUGAGGUAUCUGUUAAAAGGUUUGCCUGUCUGCUCAUCCAAGACUGGGUAGAUAAACUGAACUGACCAUCUGAUAAAGGCCGAGCUUAGAGGCUAGGCUAGUCAUGAGCAGACUCCCUGGAGGCAUCAGGCAGUUCCUUGAAUCAGGCACUGACAAAGGCCCCAGAGAUGAGGUACUGGCCUCCUUGAAGCCCUAGACCAUCUUUGCAAAGAUCAUAGAAUUGCAGAGACUAUUAUUCACCAUCCCUGAGGCUGGCAGGUAGAAUGUUCGUUUUGUUCUGAAAUUGGAUCAUGCUUACAACUAAAAGAGCUUAGAACAAUUUGCUCUUUAAAACUUCUUUUAUUACCAAAGGAAACAUUUGGAGGACCAUCAGGCUGGAGACUGUCCAGUAGGUACAGGAAAGGGAGAUGACUUGGGACACAGAUGUAAGGAAAAUAAAAUUGACACAAUAAAUUUGCCACUUAGGUUUUCCAGUAGCAAAGGUCAAAAACAUUGUCCCAUGCAUAAAUCUGUUUUCUGAAGACAGAAAAUUUGAGGGGUGGCUCUACAGAAUGAACUUUGGUAUCGGUCUUCUUGCAUCGAGGGCACAGGAACACAGACAGUGGUGUACGUGGUGCACGGGGAGAUGUGAACGGGCCUGGCUUUGUCGGUGUUACUACCCUUCCAGCUGUGAUUAAUCAGCAAGUGGGGAUGUUUCAGGCAUAUGUGUUGGAGAACCCAAAAAAAUGCAGCCUUAACAAUAAACAUCAGCACUUUA